UGUAUGCAAAAAAUUACCAAACACUAUAUCAUUAACUUUAUGUUAGUCAGUAUCGAAAUGCGUGUUUAUUACUUUAUAUCAAUUUUGUAUGUUCAUACUCAAAAGUUUGUGGCCCAGAUGACGCAAGGGUGUGUGGCUAUGUGACUGAUUAAUAUCACCUUUCUAAAGCCAGGUGGAAAUUCCAGACGUCUACAACCUUGGUUGAGGAAACUCGUAACAUAAACAUGUGUUAGUAAAGGAUUGUCGGAUUACAGCCUACAACAGAAGCAUCUUUUCAAGGUUGUUACCAGGAAUUUUGGCGUACAUGGCACUUAGCUGUGGGCUCCCAGUGUUAGUUCGUACUUGUGGAAUGUGAGUUAAGACUUUACAACUUCAAGCUUCGUCUGCCUUGGAUUGUUCACAUCCAGUUUUGAAUUAUUAGAUGCCGAUGAGCUACGAUGCUGAAAAACUAUGCAUGAAAUAGUACAAACACUGGACACCAGACGGAUGUGGUUCUAUAACGCUUCACAGCACGUGUGGCGGUCUGGAGCUGUGGUACUAACUUGUUAGCGUACAGAAGGAGUGACUGUGGUACAGUUGACGGUACGAUUUGGCUUCUGGUGAAUCGUCCUUGUCUUAUUCCUUGCUUUAACACCGGGAAGCCAUCGCCCUUCCUACGUCAUUCCAGUGGAAGUGUGUUUCGUUCCAGUGACCGACAAGUGAACCAGCGCACUGUCGGGAACCAGGGACGCUUCGACAUUGUUUCCCUUCACGUAGGUUGAGCUUUGUGAAAGAAACCGUAUUGUGAAAAUAAAGCGGGGAGAAAAAAGGCUAGUGAUGAAACAGUCCUCGCGAAGUGUUUACAACUCUUGCACUGCCACCUGUCCGUCUGGGAAGAAAUAUGUGUGUUUGGUAUUGCUGACAAAACAAAGGCUGUACAUACUUGUGGACGUUUCAAGUAAAGGACAGGACUUGCUUGCAGAAGUUUGCAAUUACCUGGGUUUAAAUGAAACCAAGCUGUUUGGUCUAGCCAUGUUGAGUAAUGGAGAAUACAUAUUUAUUGACCAGAAUAUCAAACUAGCUAAAUAUGCUCCAAAAGGAUGGAGAAAUCAAGCAGGAUCGGGAGUUGAUGCUACAGGAGUACCAUACCUCACACUUUAUUUACUUGUCCAGUUUUAUGUUGAUAGUCACUUGCUCAUCAGUGACAAAAUUGCCCGACACCACUACUACCUCCAGUUACGUGAAAAUGUGAUAAAGUAUCGUCAUUCUCUGUCUGACGACAGAGCCUUCAUUCUUGCAGCAUAUGCAUUACAGGCAGAUGUUGGAAACCUGAACAAAGGGAAGCAUCAUGGCAAAUAUUUUGAACCAUCUGUUUACUUCCCUUCGUGGAUUCUUGAAAGACUUGGAGAAAAAUAUAUUAUACAACAUUUGCCAAAAAUGCAUCAAGAUAACUGGGGACUGAGUAAAACAGAAGCUCAGGCAUACUACAUCAAAGAAGCUUCUGACACAAAAGCUGCUCAUAACAUGCAUCUCUUCUCUGUGAAGAGAAAGAAAGGAAAGCUGUUUGACGAUGUUUGGCUCGGAAUCUGCUGCAAUGGUAUUGAAAUUUAUGAGGAAAAUCUUGGCAUCACCAAAAGACGUCUUUCAUCAUUUUCUUGGCCAGGAAUAACAAAGCUUCACUUUGAUAAAAAGAAGUUUGAAAUCAUCAUGCCUGGACAACACAAAAGUAGAAAGUUCAUCUACUAUGGCAACUCCGAAGAAGUAACCAAAAACAUUCUUUUUCUCUGCAAACUGAAUCAUCAAUUUAGCAUGGUUAUCCAGCCUAAGUUACAAGAAAUGAAGAAACUGAAACUUGAUGGUGAAGAGAAGAACUACAGAGAAUCAUAUAUUUAUAGUGAUAAUUUGGACUUGGCUUGGGAACAGGAGAAAACUGAUUCUAAAAACUUCUUAGUAAAUCAUCCGAGGGCUGUGAGUUCUAAUAUCAAUCAGCCAGUGUCAAAUGUUAGCAGUCUUUCUUCCAACACAUCAUCUGGAAUCUUAUCAGACAAAAUUCAGAAUCAUGAACUAAGCGAAGCUGACUUGGAUGUGGAUGAAGGGUUUAGGUCACCUCCUAAGGCCUCACUCGAGUCACUGACCACUACUAGCCUUCACAGUUGUAGACUGUCACAAGAUUGUUCUGAUUCUGAAUUAAAUACCUCCCCUGAAAGUUACGGUCUAGAUUUCUCUCACUCCUGCAAUGGAAGCAGAAAUAGUUUAUCAAAUGAUGAGAAAAUAACAAGACCAUGUAGGUCAGAACAAAAUGCCGACACUGCACCCCGGCUUAUCACCACAUCAGCUAACGAUCACUGUAACCAUAAAACUUCAGGCACUGACAGGGACGAUAUAGCAUCAGGCAUUAUUACAUCUGGUAGUAAUCUUAGAAGUCAAGAUAGACCAAUAUCAAAAACUGGUGUAUUCUCUCAAUUUCUCUCAAACAUUCUCCCAAGAAUAAAAAUGACAGGCAGAUCUGAGGAAACUUUUGACUUAUCUAAAUCUGAACAAAGUGAUUGUUCAUUGGUUUCAGCUGUGAACACAGAAGUUGUCAUGAAAACUUUAAGCAAUAUGGAAGAAACAAAUGAAAGUAAACCAUCACUAGGCCAGUCUUUCACUACAAAUAAUUCAGAGGUGACACUUGUAGGUAGAUGUCCAAAAAUUGGAGUUUCCUCACUGACAUGUAAACAGAAGCAACCUAUGACAGUUUUUAUGAGUUCUGGUUAUGGCAUGAGCCCCACCGAGUCAGAACCAAACUUGUACAGUUCACAUAUGUGGUCUUCUCUUUCACCAUCCAGUGAUGCAUGUUAUCACGCUGAAGACUGUCUGAGAAGAUACACCAAUCAACAGCCUUUGAAUGGGUCUAUAGAAAUAGACAGUGCUAGGAUGCAUUCUUCCGAUAUCGAGUUUCCUUUCAUUCCUCCUCCACCAGGUUACAGAAACAAUAAGGACUCAGAGCAUACCCAAAACUGUGAAGAAUCUGUACGGAAUGGUUCACUAAUAGUUUCUCAAGAAAAUAUUUCAAGCCAGCAUUCUCAUGUUUGUAUUCAGAAACAACAAGAGUUCAUUCAAGGUUACCAGCAUACUUCUCAAGCUUCCCACAAGACACUUGUUGAGUUGGAUCAAUUGCAGAAGAAAAGUGUUGAUAUGGAUUUACCUUUCAUCAGUGCUUUGUUUAAAGACAGGUCUUUGCUCAUGCUUCCCAAAACUGUCCCAACAUGUUCCAGACAACGCCACCUGGGAAUCGGGAAGGAUGUAAGAAGGUUUUCAUGUAGUUGUGUGACUUCAUUAUUCAGAGAAGAUAGAUGUUUAUCGUCUACUGGUAACUUACCUGAACUUUUACAAUCAGAAUCACGACCAGUUAGCUGGCACUUUGGAUCCAUGAGUACGUCUUGACCCAUGAUUUGUGAUUCCCUAUUGGUUGUUACAGUUGUUAAAGGCAAGACCAUUUAGCAACUUUCAUAUAUUUUGAGAACAUAACAUGUAUAUUCAGCAUAUAAUUAAUAUACGAAUGAAUACUAUCAUGUAAGCCACAUAAUAUGUAAUUAUUUCUUGCUGUCUUCUUGAGGAAAAUAUUGCUGUAAUGUCUUCUAUCAUUGGGUAGGUUCUUUUGUAUUAUUUGAUAAAAAUAAUGCCAAUUUCAGUCACAUGUAACUAUAAGAAAUUAACUUAUUUUCUUUAAUAACAUUUGAUAUGGGCUACGUUCAUUUGUAGACCUAACUUUAUAAACAAAAUUUUAACAAAAAACUCCAAAAAUAAUGUAUUUCUAACUCACAAAUAAACAUACUUGCAGAAUUUCUUCACUAAUCACAAGUCAAUAACAAACACACUGAGUAACUUACUAAGUAACUGAAUAGAUGCAAUAAAUCUCAUUGUCCAAGUCACUGAAUGACACUAAAUUAAAUUAACUCAUUCAUUAAUUAACUGAUCACUAAAUAAUUCACUGAUCUGGUGUUUACAUUGUACUUUUAUUUCAAAAUGUUACAGUGUUUCUGGAUUCUAUUGAUGCCUUAACUUUAAUGAAAUUUCUUGAUGCAUUGCAUCAUUGUCAUCACGUAAUGACAUGCUCCAUCUAAAAAACAAACAUCUAAGUUAAAAUAUUAAAAAUGUUGCCAAAAACACUGCUCCCUACAUGGAUUGUGAAGUCUCUUGAACAGUCUUAAUACACAAAACUGCCCAUCCAACAAGUCUUUUGGAUAGGUUCCUCUUUCAAGGGUUAUGAUAUAUAGAUGGGAUGACCUUUUGUCUCUUAUCAUUACUUGCUGUCCUGUCACUAGGGCCAUUCUUCCAAGGUAGUGGGUCAAGCAAAUGCAUGAACAGCUUUAUCCUGUGGAAGUUGUCUUGACAGGAACCCUGGGCUCUUUAGCAAGUCUUCUCUUUAAGAACCCAGUUGGCCAUUCUCUCACUAAUGUACUUCCAGAGAUGAUCACUGUGGAUGAUCUUUGGCUUAGACUUUUAGUCCUUGUAGAUUCUGUAAACCACAUCAUUGAUUCUCUUCAGUACAACAUAUAUCCCUUCUCAGUAUCUGCUUAACUCUGGAGUUCUUACUCUGUUGUUGUAGGGAUCGUACAACUAUACCAUGUCACCCCAAUGGAAUCCAGCUUUAUCAACAUUAACAUAAUAGUGAUAAAAAGAUAAAA